CAGAGGAAAUUCCUAGUUAAUUACCAUGGAAGUGCUCAUUAGUAAGCUGAGAAGCUGACUUUGUGCCAGUUGUGACGUUACGCCAAGAAAAAGAACUUCCGCUUCCAAAUCAACAAGAAAGAAUCGUCAUUUUAAAUAUAUUACAUGCAUCCAGUGUUGAAUUAUUCCUUGGAUGGUAAACAAAAUGAGUCACUGAGCUGAAACACCGGCACCGGCUUAUACAGGACGCAUUAUGCAUACUAAUGUAGGUUAGUCACUUUUGGGAAAGGUGUUCCAAUCCAAGAUUGUCCUGUGCGACGCCGUGGUUGUACUUCAAUCACAAAUCAAAGCAAAAGGUUUCUUGGUGCUUAUUAUAGGUGCCGAGGAAAUUUGUAUGCAGUUGCACAUGGGAUGGAAGAUUGACAGACGAACGAGCAGAACGCGACCGCCAAACUCACUCAAAUUGUCCAAUCAAUCGGUCACGUGUGCCCGCCGUCGCCACUGAGAAUCACGCGUUAUCACCGCAUUGACUGGGGUAGCAAAGGCGACGCGCAUUCCUAUUGGCUAUUAAAGGUUAUUUGACCAUUAGCGACAGUGAAUUUUUGAUUGGCGCUACGCGUUGAUAUGGUAAUGAUCGCGUUUCAACGCUUGUAAGCUACAUGGUAUAAGUCGGUUAUGACAGGGGUUUCUACCUGCGUGCGUUAUCCUGAAUACUAACGCGGUCGAUUCCUUGGAGAUCAUCACGCACAGCGGCGGUGCACAUAUUUGAUGAAUUGUUGAAGAACAAAGUGUAUAAAAAUGUCGGCACCACAUGUGGUCCGGUGUCAGUCCGUCAAGAGCUGAGCAAUAGAUCAGAAUGAAAUUGUUUGUGCUGUGUUUGUUUUUGGGGGCUGUAGCUGCCGAAGCUCCGUUCGCCGGGUACGCUCCAUCCGGUUGGCGUCCUCAGGGAGCUCAGUUCCGAUUACCAACGGAAUACGGAGCCCCUGUGGUUGAACAGAAGCAGGAAGUCGAGGUCACCAAAGAAAAGGUCGCUUUUGCGGCACAGGUCGUGGAAACGUCGGUUGAAACUACCACUGAACAGCUGUUGAGCAACGAAUACCUUCCACCUGCCACCACCACCGAACAGCCCGAACUUGACCCGAUCCGUGUCCAAGGAUUGCCUCAAAGCCAGUUCCGUGAUUUUCAGAAGCAACCACAGCCCAGCUUCGCAGUAAAUGGACAACUGCGUGUGUCGCCAAGCAGCAACUUCAAGUUCGGACGUCAGGAACAGGCCCAACCCGCUGCAGCCUAUGGCGUACCAGAACAAGAUGCCAACGACUCCGAUGCCCAGGACUUGCCAGAGAACCAACAAAUUCCACAGCAACUUCCCCUGUUCCCACAAAAUGGCCGCCUUCGGGCAACCCAAAACCAGAACUUCCAAUUCGGUCGUCAGGAGCAGGCCCAACCAGCUCAAGCGUACGGCGUUCCCGAUCAAGAUGACAACGACUCGAACAAUCCCGAAGAACAAUACCCAGACCCUAGACAAACAUCGGGAGCCAAUCAGGCACCUCAACAACCCAUCUUCGCCUUCAACGGACAACUGCGCGCAUUCCCCGCCAACCAGUUCAAGUUCGGUCGUCAGGAGCAAGCUCAACUAACUCAGACCUACGGAACACCCGGAGAUAAGGAUGCCGAAGAGUCCGGAAGCGAAGAUCUACCAGAAGAGCCGGAACCCACCGACGCGCCCAGCUCCGACAGCGACGAUUCGGUCAACCAGGGUCCAAACGGUGACGGUCGCACGGUCAUUGCCGUAGCAAAUUCAUUCACCGGCCAGUACUACGUUCUCGGCCCGGACAACAACCUCCAGCGGGUCAUGUACGCCACGUCCCAAUCUGAUGAUGACCGCCGCAACAUGGGCUUCACCGCGCAGCUUCGCUAUUCGCAGGUGGAACCCAUUCGAGGACCCGUCUAUGCCUACAACGAGCAAGGUCAACUGGUCCGAAUCUACAAGAAGUAGACGCAUUCCGCAUCCAAUAAUGAAUAGGAAGAAACCUGACGACGCCGCUCAAGUGCACGGUCAACGAUUGUACCCAUGUGGAGAAGGUACCAUAGGCAGGCAUAGGUAGUUAGGUAUUCAAAUCAUGACAUCGCAAUACGUUUCGCAUCGCACUCGUUCGCAUCAAUUCACACCGCCCGACGUACACGUGAGGGAGAUUUAUUUAUUUACCGUUCUUGUAAAUUAUGUUGGAAAAGUAAUAAAUUCGAUGUUAUGCUGUUGGCAGAAGUUCAA